UUUGGUUGUAUGGCGAGCGUCUCAGAGAAAAAUAAGGUUACAACAGGUGAGGAGGAGACGUCGCAGUCUACUAGUGAUGUGGAACCAUCACGGAUGGGUAUUUCUGAUGCUGGUCUGAAACAGGAGUUAGUUGGUAGAUUGGUUAACGAAUGUAAGAGGAAAGAGGAGUCUUCUGGUGAUUGGUUUGCGAAGGGAAGGGCUGUGAACAUAGAAAAUGAGAUGGGGGAUAUUGAGUCGUUUCCGAAUGCUCGUGAUGAUGGGCACAUGGCCGGUGGUAGUAAUUUCGUUGAUGAAAGUCUGAGAGAGAAAACACCUAGUUUUAAACAGUCUUUGCGGUUUCCUGGGGCUAAAGAAAAGUUCAUGUCAGAUUGUGACAGUGAGGAUUCUGGAGUCAGAAAUUCGAGGGUGAGAGAAGCACUUAUCAAGGCUGUGCCUAAUUUGCAAAAUGCAGCUGUGACUGUUCCUGGGUUCGUGUUUGGUGGUUUAAAUCCGUUUGGUGCUGGACAGGUUUCGUUUCAGAAUGGGCUCUUGCAGAGUCCGCUUCCAGAACCAGGGUUUUUAAAGCAGGGUGGCAAGGCUUUGCCUGUGUCAAGCUUAGGUGAAAAUAGAAGAUUUGAGCAGGUAAAACAUGUGACUUGUCUUGUCUUAGACUCUACAAUAAUAGACUUUUUGGCUUGGAUAGAAAUGUCUGGGUGUGGUAUAGUGGAGUUGCAAGAAUGUAUGGCGACAAUCAUGAGGGUAUAUAAAUUAAAGGAUUUGCAAGAUCCUACUAAGAUCAUGAUGGUCCAGUCAGUUGUCAAUAGCAUAAAAAGAACCAGGGCUGUGGAUGCAGAAGUGAAAAAGAAAAUAGAUUCGUAUCUUAAGUUACUUCAAAACAUUGUUGACUUAGACCUUGAAAGAAAAAGAAAAGAAAGGGUGCACGAACUUCUUGAUGCAUACAAGGAGGCAAGUAAAGAAUUUUUGUUGAAAUGGAAUUCUUCUCGCUCACCUGUGUUUAAGACUUUUGCUAACCUGGCAUUGGUUCUAUUAGGGCACAGAGGACUCUUCUCGCUCAUCUGUGUUCAAAGACCCUAUCAUAAUUAUCAUGUAGCACAAGAAUGGGAGAAGAAGCAUAAAUCUGUCAGUGGACCUUCAAUUUAUUUCUACCAAAUUACAGAUAGUUCAGUAGUUGGGAUUAAUAGUGGAUCUUUCUACGUUAAUAGAUCAAAAAGAAACCAUGAAGAGGAUGAUUUUAAAAACCCGAUCGAGCAAAUUACAAAAAAAGAACAUCAAACUAAGAGUGGAAGAAAAAUUCCGGACUAUCAUAAACUAACCUCCAGUUCAUCUGAAGGAGAUGAUAAUGCAAGUUUUAAUUAUGAACAGCUGAUUAUUGAAGAAAAAACAUCAGCAAUCUAUUCAACAAAAAGGGUGGAGCUAA